AUGGGCUCCAUUGUGGAUAGCCCGCCGAAGAGCGGAUUCAAGUUGGUACUUCAGAAUCCGUACCUAUGUGGAGUGGCAUCGUUCUCAACUCUCGGUGGCCUCUUGUUCGGAUAUGACCAGGGUGUGAUCUCUGGUGUCAUCACGAUGGAGAGCUUUGGCGCUGUUUUCCCGCGAGUAUACAGUGACUCUGGCUUCAAAGGGUGGUUCGUUUCCACUCUUUUGCUUGCUGCAUGGGCUGGAUCUCUGAUCAACGGGCCCGUGGCAGAUCGAAUUGGACGGAAGGUGUCCAUUAAUGUGGCUGUGGUCAUUUUUGUGAUCGGGUCUGCUAUUCAAUGUGGUGCAGUUGAUAUCCCCAUGCUGUUUGCUGGUCGAGCAAUUGCCGGCCUGGCUAUCGGCAUGUUGACUAUGGUUGUCCCAUUAUACAUCUCCGAAGUUUCUAUUGCCGAGAUUCGGGGAGGACUUGUGGUAAUACAACAACUGUCGGUUACCAUCGGUAUCCUAAUUAGCUACUGGAUCGACUAUGGAGCAAACUACAUCGGAGGCUCACGUUGUGCACCAAACGUUCCCUUCACAGGAGGAACCACAGCGAAGCCUACCUUCGAUCCAUACCAUGAUGUUCCCAUCGGUGGAUGUACGGGCCAGUCCGAAGCGUCGUGGCGACUUCCACUGGCUAUUCAAAUUGUUCCUGCUUUGAUCCUGGGAAUUGGAAUGUUGUUCUUCCCUGAUUCGCCGCGCUGGCUGCUAAUGAAGGAACGCGACGACGAGUGCCUUGAUGCGCUCUCGAGGCUUCGUCGCCAGUCUCGUGAUAGCCUCGUCCUUCAAAACGAGUACUUGGAGAUCCGGGCAUCGAUCAUGCUUGAAAACACCUUUGCCCGCGAACACUUCCCGAAUCUGUCCGGGUUCAAGUUACACGCUGCUCAGUAUAUGUCACUAGUGACAAGUUGGCCUCGUUUCAAGCGGCUGGCCAUCGGUUGCUGCGUCAUGUUCUUCCAGCAGUUUAUGGGCUGUAAUGCCAUGAUCUACUACGCCCCGACAAUCUUCGGUAUGCUCGGUAUGAAUGGCAACACAACCUCACUCCUUGCCACUGGUGUAUACGGUAUCGUCAACUGCCUAAGCACUCUACCAGCGUUGUUCUUCAUCGACAAAGUCGGACGCCGCGCCCUUCUCAUGGCAGGUGCUACCGGUACCUGCAUCUCGCUGGUGAUCGUUGGUGGAAUCCUCGGCGGAUUUGGCGACAACCUAUCUACCAAUCAAUCCGCCGGAUACGCCGCUAUUGCGUUCAUUUACAUUUACGAUGUCAACUUUUCGUACUCGUUUGCUCCCAUUGGUUGGGUUCUUCCGUCUGAAAUUUUCAACUUGUCGGUUCGCUCGAAGGCGAUAUCGAUCACGACGUCGGCUACUUGGAUGUGCAACUUCAUCAUCGGCCUCGUUACUCCCGAUAUGCUCGACACCAUCACCUGGGGUACUUACAUUUUCUUCGCAGCCUUCUGUCUGCUAGCCUUGGCCUUUACAUUCUUCUUCAUCCCAGAGACACGCGAAAAGACCCUCGAGGACAUGGAUCUUAUAUUUGGAGAUACGAGUGCGCAUGAGGAGAAAAAGCGCAUCAAGCGCAUCGAGGCACAGCUACGUGGUACGCCAAUCGAGGACGAUGACUUGAAGCCGAGGGAUGAGCACGAGGAGGUUGUGGAUGGUUGA